AAGCAGCACUUUGAGACUCGCCUCGUCAGUCACCCUACGUAGGCGUCCGAGGAGUCGAACGUCUGGAGAACUUUUCACCUUCCUCGCGGAUUAUGUCCCUCGCACGCUGGAACGGCCGCAAAUCAUCAUUGUGCGUCGUCACGAUGAAGAGCGGUGAACUUUUAUCCCCGCAGGGAGUGGAUUACAAGUCAAAAGAAUUGGCGCUAUGGCGUUAAGGAGUCGACUUUGGUUAAAAAUAUGACCUAAGAGUGACUCGAGAAGUGAUGGAGGGCGCCGGUGAAAUGGAGCCCACCCCGCCGGUGAACGCUUCCAAUAUCAGCCAGCCGGAGGACGCGCCUGAGGCGGGCUGGGGUGCGCAAAGCCUCGCCUACCAGAUCACCCUGGCAUCGCUCCUUUCCGCCAUCACGUUGGCUACCAGCUUGUCCAACGCCUUCGUCAUCGCCACCAUCUCCCAGUCCAAGAAACUCCAGACGCCCGCCAACUUUCUCAUCGCCUCGCUGGCCGUCACCGACCUGCUGGUGUCCAUCCUAGUCAUGCCCGUGUGCGUCCUCUACACGGUCAUCCACGAGUGGACGCUGGGCCAGGUGGUGUGCGACGUGUGGUUGUCGUCAGACAUCACCUGCUGCACGGCGUCCAUCCUCCACUUGUGCGUCAUUGCCCUGGACCGCUACUGGGCCAUCACGGACGCGGUGGAGUACUCCAAAAAGCGCACGCCGGGACGCGCGGCCGGCAUGGUGGCUACCGCUUGGGUGAUCGCCAUCUCCAUCUCUCUGCCGCCGCUCUUCUGGAGGCAGGUCAAAGCGGACGAGUUGACCAGCUGCAGCGUCAACACCGACCACAUCUUCUACACCAUCUACUCCACCUUCGGCGCCUUCUACAUCCCCACCCUGUUGCUCAUCGUCCUCUACGGGCGCAUCUACGUGGAGGCGCGCAAACGCAUCCUCAAGCAGUCGCCGAAAAAGAAAAAGAAGGCGGCGGGCAAGAGGCUCACUUCGGCGUACCUGCAGGCUACGGGCUCUCCCGGCUCCAACGCCUCCACCAGCCCCUUGCAGGGCGGCAGGCACGACGCGCCGUCCUGCAGCGACACCAACUCGUCCACCAGCGACAGUCAGGUGAAGGUGACUCUGUCCGACGCGGCUCUGGAGAAGAAGCGCAUCUCUGCGGCGAGGGAGAGGAAGGCCACCAAGACGCUGGGCAUCAUUCUGGGCGCGUACAUCGUGUGCUGGUUGCCUUUCUUCAUCUACACCCUGGUGGUGGCUACAUGCGACGCCUGUCAUAUCCCCGAGCUCUUUGACUUCUUCACCUGGCUAGGUUACCUGAAUUCCCUCAUCAACCCCAUCAUAUACACCAUGUCCAAUGAGGAUUUCAAGAAAGCUUUCCACAAACUGGUGCGCUUCAGAUGCUGCAGAGGGUGAUCCUUUCAUUUAUUUUCGAUUAGCAACAAUGUGAAUAAGCAGAUGCCAUAAAUAACAGUUCAAAGCCAUUGCGUGGGGAGAGAGGAAAUCCACAGGUUAAAUGUAUUUUAUUGUAUAUGACAUGAUAUAGUGUUGGAAAAAGAUCUAAUUCUAAUUCAUACAUGAAGAAUCAAUGGACAUUAUUGUUGGGUGACUGCUGUUGUCAUGCCUAAAAUGACACACACACACAAAAAAAGGCCAAAAAACAUGCACAAUUAAAA